UCGCUCGCCUCACUACCCCACCCUAGGGGUUUUGGAUUACCUAUUUCUGCAUGUACCUUUCUCCGUGGUUCUAGGUAGCUGUGCUAUCGGCAGCCAUGGCGUCCCUCGUCGCGCCUCCGCAGGCACAAAUGAGCUGCCUUUCGCUCGCUGCUUCGACAUCCCAGAAUGCGCUCUCGUCUUCCGCCUCUGUCUCCUUCCGCGGGGCAGCCGUCGCCGCUCCCCGCCGAAUCGCCGCCUCCGCAACCGCCUCCUCCGCUGUUGCUGUGCGCGCGCAGGCCUCAGCCGCCGCCGCGGACGCCGCCGCUCAAGAGCGUUUCCGUCUGAACAACCUUGCUCCCCAGCCAGGCUCCCGGCGCCAGGAGAAGCGCAAGGGUCGCGGGCACGCAGCCGGGCAGGGCGCGAGCUGCGGGUUCGGCAUGCGCGGGCAGAACUCGCGGUCCGGGCCGAACGUGAGGUCUGGGUUCGAGGGCGGGCAGAUGCCGCUGUACCGGCGGCUGCCGAAGCUGAAGGGCAUUGCGGGCGGCAUGGGUGCGGGGCUGCCCAAGUAUGUGACGCUGAACGUGGGUGACCUGGAGGAGAUGGGGCUGGAGGAGGGCGAGGAGGUGUCUCUGGAGAGCCUUAUUGAGGAUGGCAUCCUCAACCCCUCUGGCCGCGACCGCAGGCUGCCACUGAAGAUCUUGGGUGAUGGCGAGAUUUCCACCAAGGUGACCAUCAAGGCGGCUUCUUUCAGUGAAUCUGCCCGGGAAAAGCUUGAGGCUGCUGGCUGCACGCUUGAGGUUGUACCUGGACGGAAGAAAUUCCUCCCGGCAUUGGCUGAGAAGAGGCAGGCACAGAUGGCUGAGUUCCUGGCUUCCAAGGGAGUUACUGCAUGAAGGAUGGCGGUUUUUUGUAACUAAACAAAGCAAUUAUAAGUGGAUUAGCCCCUCAGCUGUUCCAUACCUUCAAGGUUCUUGCCUUCCAAGCUUGAAAUGAAUCAACUUGCCUAUAGUAUGCUAAUUUUGGUUAAGA